ACAAGGGGUUAAUAUAUAAUAGUCUUCAUGUUGCAAUGGCUGUCAAAUAAAAAUUUCUUCCUAUUGUUAUUUUUUGUAGUUUCUUUUUGUUUAAUUCGUUGUUUUAUAUAUAUGAAUGGCUAUCUAUAGUUUUUUUUCCUUCAAAAUCAUAACAUUGAUCACUGCUUUGUUUGGAAUAUUGUGCUUGGGAGAAAGUAGUAAUUUUAGUGGUAGCUUUGUUUUUGGAGAUGGUUUGUUUGAUGCCGGAAACAACAACUUCAUAGCAACUCUCCGCAAGUCAGAUUUUUAUCCCAAUGGAAUCGAUUUUGGUGGACCAACUGGUCGAUUCACUAAUGGAAAAACACUCGUUGACAUUUUAGGUCAAGAAUUGGGUUACAAUCAUUUCACUCCUCCUUACUUAUCUCCCUUGACUAAUGGACCAGGAGUUCUUGAGGGUGUCAAUUAUGCUUCUGGGGGAGCUGGAAUUCUCAAUGAAACAGGCAAAAUAUUUGUUGGAAGAAUAAACAUGGAUGCCCAGAUAGAUAACUUUGAAAGUACGAGGCAAAACAUAAUCUCAAGCAUUGGUCUCACAGCUACUAUGCAACUAUUCAAAAAGGCUCUCUUUUUCACUUCAAUUGGCUCAAAUGAUCUUCUUCAUAACUACUUGAUACCAUCUAUUCUUUCCACUGCUUACAACGACUUGGUUCCUCCUCAAGAGUUUGUGGCAACUCUCAUGUCAAAAUUCAGUCUUCAACUUACUAGACUUCACAACUUGGGUGCUAGGAAAAUUGUUGUGUUAAAUGUGGGUCCUAUUGGAUGUACACCAAAUCAGAGAGAUACAAAUCCUAAUAUAUUAUUGGACAAAUGUGUUGUAUUCCCAAAUUGGCUUGCUCAAUUAUUUAACACCCAAUUGAAAAGCCUUAUCACAGAGCUCACCACCACUCUUGAAGGCUCAAAGCUUGUUUAUGCUGAUUUUUACAAUGUUAUGAAAGAUAUUAUUGACAAUUACUCAAAAUAUGGUUUUGAAAAUUCAGAUUCUUCAUGCUGCUAUGUUGCUGGAAGGUUUGGAGGUCUAAUCCCAUGUGGACUUAAAUCAAAAUUGUGUUUGGAGAGAUCCAAGUAUGUGUAUUGGGAUCCAUAUAAUCCUUCUCAAGCUGCUAAUGAUAUCAUAGCAAAGUCUCUUCUGGAUGGUGACACUAACAUUAUUUCACCCAUCAAUGUUAGGCAACUUUUUCAAUCUUGACCAUCCAAUCUAACUCCACAAAAGGGUUUUAACACCAAUUUUCAAAAUAUUCUCUCUUUAUUUCUUACUAGAAAAAUAAUUUGGGAUUUCGGUUUUUAACCGCUUACAAUUACUAAGACGUCGGUUAAAAAUCAACGUCUAAGUAGAUAAUGUAUUAUGCAAUAUAAGACGUGAAAACUACAUAAAGAUUUUUGUGUUA